AUGAAUCCAAUAUCUCAACCUGAUAUUAAGUGGAGUUUUAUUUCUGCUAAUGAUAAGAUCAAAGCAACACAAAUUAUCUUGUCGAAUUACCAAAAUUCAAAGUAUACUAGCAGAUCUAUAAGCAUCAAAGAGAUUAGACUAGUAUAUGAAUCAGCUAAAUUCAGAGGUAAUUUUCUAG